ACACUAGAAUAGAGCAACACAAGUUGAGGCCCAGAAAAGUUUGCAAUAAAAAGGACUAGAAUUAGAGUGUCGACACGUUAUUUCUUUGUCCAGAAAAAUAAAAUUCAAUAAAAACCCAAGUAUUUGAUGAGCGUGAAUGAAGUGAGAGCACAGCUCCUCUCUCCCCAAUCCCAUGAAGCUUCUUCCCCUCAGAAUCUGUGCUAAUUCCGCCUUCCAGAGAUGACCUCACUUUCCUGCAUCGCCUCCUCCUUUUCUGCAGCUUCUUCACAAUCGACUAGACCCCUCUUUUCCUCCUUUUCCGCCAAGCCGCAUUUCGUCGACUUCUCUUACCGUCGAUCAUGCAGGGUUGGUGUCAAGUGCAGUUACACUGACUCUGGUGUUAGAGAGGAUUCAAAUAUUGGUACUAUUGAUGUCGUCGCUGAUGUUAAGACCGAGCGAGUUGUAGUUCUAGGUGGCAGUGGCUUUGUGGGUUCAGCAAUAUGCAAAGCUGCAGUGUCAAAGGGCAUAGAGGUCAUUAGUCUUAGCAGGUCCGGCCGACCAUCUUACUCGGACGCAUGGGUAGAUCAGGUCACUUGGCUGACAGGAGAUGUCUUCUAUGCAAAUUGGGACGAAGUGCUUCCUGGUGCUACAACAGUUGUUUCAACACUGGGAGGUUUUGGCAGUGAGGAACAGAUGCAAAGGAUCAACGGCGAGGCUAAUAUAGUAGCAGUAAAUGCCGCUAAAGAAUUUGGUAUUCCCAAGUUCAUAUUGAUCUCGGUUCAUGAUUACAAUCUGCCAUCAUUUCUACUGUCGAAUGGUUACUUCAGCGGAAAAAGGAAAGCUGAAUCUGAGGUUCUGUCGAAGUAUCCAGCUUCAGGCGUUGUCUUCAGACCGGGGUUCAUAUAUGGGAAACGAAAGAUUGAUGGUCUUGAGAUUCCUCUGGACUUGAUUGGGGAGCCAAUAGAGAAACUUCUGAACGCAGUACAGAAUUUUACGAGACCUUUGAACUCUCUGCCUGCCUCUGAUCUACUGUUGGCUCCCCCGGUCAGUGUAGACGAUGUCGCGUUUGCAGUCAUAAAUGCCGUCUCUGAUGAUGAUUUCUUUGGCGUUUUCACUAUCGAGCAAAUCAAGGAGGCGGCAGCAGCAGUAAAGCUGUGAAUUUUUUAGUUGUGGAAAACUUGCAAGACCUUCGGUCUUGUACAUUAGAUCCUGCAAUAAACUCGACUUACAUGUUUCACUUUUCUAACCAAAAGAAUCAUAAGCUAAUAGUAAUAUGACUCAUACGCUCACGAAUCA